AUGAGCUAACAAUUUUACUAGACAUAUGUGCCAAAUCCAUUCAUUCCAACAUUCAAUCCCACCAUCAAUUCAUCGAGAAUUGAUUAUCCAUCAACUAAUUCUGCUAAAUAAGCCGAUAUUAAAGAAUCAUCAAACGAUUAGAUCUAACAAAAUAAUGUUAUCACUUCAUCAUUUAGUUUAAAUCCUUAAACAAAUAAAUCGAUAGUACUGAAACCAAUUUUGACCAAUCAAGAUGAAUAUCAAAGAAAGAUCAAUGAUUUGGAAAGGAGUCAUAAAAAAGAACUUAAAGAACUUGAGUUUAAAAUGCAAUCAUAAAUAGAUUCCCUCUUAUAAAAAAGAUAGCAAGAAGAUUAAUUUAAAUAAUUAACUGAUGUUCGACAAUAGAUAGCUGAACUUUAAUCAACAUUACAAGGGAAUACAUAUGGUCAUCCCUACUCUUAAUAAUCAUAACAAUAACACUUAUUUUACAGUCAAAAUGAGGUGGAGAGAUUGGAAAAGCAAUUAAAAAAAAAGAAAAAUAAAAUCAAGCUCUUCAAAACUGAAAUUGACAGUCUCAAAUCAGAACUGUAAUUUAGACAAUAAAGAAUAACCGAACUUGAAAUCAAAUUGCAUUACUCCGAAAAUAAACCAAUAAUAUAAUAAUCUCUAUUGCCUAAAGUGAUAAAUGUACCCUAAAGCAUCCCUUAACCAACAACAAUAAUCUAGGACUCUCCAGAACUCAUUGAUAGAAUUAGAAGUCUAGAGUUUGAAAGAGAUUCAUUGCUUUAAGAAUUGAGAAGGUUGUAGACAACAUUCUAACCUACUUAAAAAUAACAAUAUGCAUUUCCAUCUGUGGAGGAGUGGAACCGACUUAUGCAUGAGUACAAAGUCUUAGAAAGUGAGAACAAUAAACUAAAUACAAUCAUAUUAUAGAAGGAUGACUUAAUCAAAUCUUUAGAAUAAAGAAUAAGUGUUGAGCUUACUAAAUAAAGUGCUUUACAAGCUCAAGGUCAUCAACCAAGAGCCAUUUAAGUUUUGUAUGAUCCUUAGACUCAAUAACAAUCAUCUAAAUCAUAAUAAUUGUACCCAAUUGCAGUUUAAAAUACUGAGCAACAAACUAAUAUUGAGCCAACAUUACAGAAUCCUAGUGCCCAAUGA